AGAAGAAAAGGCAUUUCAAAGAAAUUAACUGUAUGAAUAAAAAAAUUCCUCAGCAAUGAGACUCUUAACGGGUUGAUAAAACAGUUAUUCUGAAUUCCCAGUUAACUGGAUUCAUGCUGUUCUAAUAUAAGGAGACUGAAGCUAUGGUUAAAGUCAAAUUAGUCAUACAAUUUCGUUGUUUCUUCAGUAAAAACUUAUAAAAUAUAGUGGCAAUGAUAAACAUCCAGAAUAUCUUAAAUUUACUUAUUAUAAAAAACUAUCAUCGCUUGUGAUUUUUAAAUAUAAAUGUAGAUGCUCGUGCUGCUCACAAAUUCCCGAAUCAAAUUAUUCAGCUAUUUUUCACCGAAUGAGUUUCGAAAUUUCCGAUAACCGUGAAGGCGCGAAAUCUGACGUCAAACCAGGAAGUGUUUCUGAUACGCAAAGCAGCAGCUAGGUGUUUUGAAUUUGAACGUUUGUAUUGUUGUAAUAACAUGUUUUCAUACUUCCAGAUUAAGCUUUAUGUAACGAAAAAAAGACUGUGUUGACUUUUAAAAAGGAAAAUAAUUUGUUAACGUAAAUAAACAUGCAAACAGAGAAAGAGGACGAGGACGAUACGUCUCCUGAAGAGUAUGUUGCUUUGUCUGACUUCACUGGAAGUGGCUCCGAGCAGCUCAGUUUCAGCACAGGAGACAAACUUCUUGUGCACGCCAAGUCUUCAGCUGAGUGGUGGUGGGCAGAGCUGGAGGGGGUCAUAGGUUAUGUUCCUGCCAGCUACUUGUGCAAGGACGCUGCUGAGGAAGAGGACAUUUCCUUAGAGGAUCCAUGGCAGGAUGAAGAAUACUUCGGCAGUUAUGGGACACUGAGACUCCACCUGGAGAUGUUGUCAGACAGGAGCCGCACAGAGACAUACCGGCAGGUUAUUCUCAGCAACAGUUCUUCUCUGAGGAACAAGGUGGUGAUGGAUCUAGGCUGUGGCACCGGCAUCAUCAGCCUAUUCUGCGCUCAGCUGGCACAACCUUCAAAGGUAUAUGCUGUGGAGGCGAGCUCCAUGGCGGAGUACACCAGGCAGCUAGUGAAGCAGAAUGGCUGUGAGGAGGUGGUCACAGUGCUCCAGGGACGAGCAGAAGAGCUCGAGCUGCCAGAGCAGGUGGACAUCCUGGUGUCUGAGUGGAUGGGAAACUGCUUACUGUUUGAGUUCAUGGUGGAGUCAGUGCUGGUAGCCAGGGACCGCUGGCUCAGAAAUGGAGGUAUAAUGUGGCCGUCUUCUGCAGCCUUCACCCUGGUCCCGUGUCAGGCUGAGAGCUACUACGCAGAGAAAAUGGCCUUCUGGGAGAGUCCCUAUGGCCUGGACUUCACCCCUCUUCAGAUUUUGGCACAGCAGGAGUUUUUUACCAAGCCCAAGUUCAGCCACAUCCUUGAACCUAACGACUGCCUCUCUGCUCCCUGUGACGUCAUCUGCUUGGACAUGUACACUCUGCAAGUUACAGACCUUGAGGAAAUGAAGGGUGAGUUUCAGUUUUGUGUGGAAAGGUCUGGAGUCUUCCAUGGAUUCACUGCCUGGUUCACUGUUCAUUUCGAGAGCCUGGAGGCAGGCGGUGCAACAGCGGAGCUGAACACUGGACCAAGCUCAGAGUCAACACACUGGAAGCAGACUCUGUUCAUGCUGGACAGACCAAUCAGCGUAUGCACCGGAGACUCAAUCAGUGGAUCUAUCGUCCUGCGCCGAAACCCCGUCUGGAGACGCCACAUGACUGUUACUCUGCUCUGGACCAUCAGCAGCUGCUCAGAGGAUACAGAUAACUGCCAGGCUGGGAGAAAAAGUUUCCCCAUGUGGAGGUGACAGACUCCUACCCAACAAUAUGUAUGAUCUACAGCAGGGCUACUCACUUCGGUCCUACGAGGGCCGCAAUCCAGCAGGUUUUCCAUGUAUCCCUGCACCAACACACCUGAGUCAAAUUAGGUGGCUCUAACAGCCAAUCAGGUUCUACAGAAUGACUCAUUAAUUUGACUCAGGUGUGUUGGUGCAGGGAUACAUGGAAAACCUGCUGGAUUGCGGCCCUCGUAGGACCGAAUUGAGUAGCCCUGAUCUACAGAGAACUGGUCCAAAACAUCCACUCUUCAACUGUGCUUCUGCUGACCCGGUUAUUCAACUGUGGCAAUGAACGUGGUGUUGUAACAAUCGUGUGGCCGGACAUUUAGGUCUCUAGGGAUAAGCCUGAUAGCUACAGGUCCAGGUGAUCACACAUGCUCAGAAUGAACUGUGGAGGCACACUGACUGAAAUCAGCAGGAAAACAGGGUUUGUAUGAGAAGGCUGUGUUAUGUUAAAGAUGGUAACAUUUAAAGUUUUGAGGUACAACACAAGGAAAAAGAUUAGGAGAUUCACACCAUGUUUUUG